CGAAACAAAGCACAUCACCGGUAUCCUCGGUUACCCGUCGACGGCGGCAACCGAUCACUCACCGGCGUUUCUUGCUCACCCUCCUCGUUUACUUUUCAUGCGCAAGGCGUGAUUCGAUUCUCGUUAUCCUCGCGGCUAUAGUAUCUCCAUCGAAUUUCGUCGAUGGCAGAAUCCUCGCUGCGAUCGAUGCUGUUGGAUCUUCAACUCCUCGAAUGCGACGCGGCAUUCUAGGGAUUAUUAAAUCGGAAACCCUCGGAUCAGAUUUGGUGCUGCAGAGCUCAAGAUGAAUUCACGAGUCGGACAAGCGACUUAUCGGGACCGGACUCUGGAAUUCGUCAAGGCUGUCGAGAGUUUGAAGAAGACAGUUUCACUCGCACCAGAAGUACCAAGCGGAACUGAUGCAUUAAGUUUGGAUGGUUCCAAAGCGGCUGUCUCGACCCAGUCGGAGUUCAACAAGAGAGCUUCCAAAAUUGGGCUGGGAAUUCACCAGACAUCCCAGAAGCUUGCUAAGCUCGCAAAAUUGGCAAAAAGAACAUCAGUAUUUGACGACCCCAGUGUUGAGAUUCAAGAACUUACAACAGUCAUCAAACAGGACAUUACCGGUUUAAAUUCUGCAGUUGUAGAUCUGCAACUCCUCUGUAACUCACAAAAUGAAAGUGGGAAUACGUCCAGGGAUACUUCCAGUCACUCAACCACUGUGGUUGAUAAUUUAAAGAAUCGUUUGAUGAAUGCAACAAAGGAGUUUAAAGAAGUUCUAACAAUGCGUACAGAGAACUUCAAGGUUCAUGAAAACAGAAGACAAUUGUUUUCCUCAUCAUCCUCAAAGGAUUCGAGCAAUCCGUUCCUUCGACAACGCCCCCUGGCCUCCAGAGGACAUCAUGACUCUUCCACCCCAGCACCAUGGGAAAGUGACACAAAUAAUUCUUCUUCCUUGUUUCUUGGGAGGACAAAUGCAGAUCCUUCCUCAUCAACUCAACCUUUGGUACAACAGCAGCAACAACAAAUGGCUGCAGUGCAGGACAGCUACAUGAACAGCAGAUCAGAAGCACUUCAGGGUGUUGAAUCAACAAUUCAUGAACUGAGCAAUAUUUUUACACAACUUGCUACAAUGGUCUCGCAACAGGGAGAGCUUGCACUCAGGAUUGAUGAAAACAUGGAUGACACAUUGGCUAAUGUGGAAGGAGCUCAAAGUCAACUUCUAAAGUACCUCACCAGUGUAUCUUCCAACAGAUGGCUGAUGAUCAAGAUAUUCUUUGUGCUUAUGGUCUUCCUCAUGAUCUUCCUGUUUUUUGUUGCAUAGGUUCCUUUAGAACCAUAUUUGUUAUUAUAUUUUUCUCAGUGAUCUUGUUUUUUUUACUGGGUUAGUGGCAAAUUGCUGUAUAAUCCUGUGUUUUAACAGCUAAAACUUCAGAAAUUACAAAUACCAAAAUAAAAUAAUGCUGUGGUCUUACUUGAACAAGAUAUAUUUUUAUAGUCGUACAACUGUAUCCCUCUAGUGUCAAAGAUAGGAAUGAUCCUUAAAUAUUAUCAAAGCCAAAAUAUAAAUGAAUGCUUAUUAGUUUAACAUGGAAUAUGUUGAAUUGUUGGAUUCAAAUUGGAAGUGUUAAUUUAUCUCCUAGUUUUGUCUAAGUGCAAAAUUUAUUUAAGGUUUAUAUGAUUAUGCAAGCCUGGAGAAGAAAAAUUGGAACAUUGUUUUAUGUUUUUAUUUCUUAUUUGAAAAGUCUUAGUGCUAAUCUGGUACAAAAAUUGUAAAAUAAUGUCUACCAGUGAGAUUAUGAGAUAAUCUCUUUGAUGCACACCUUGAAGGUUAAAAGGGGACUCGAUUACUACUCCAGAUACUCUACUGAAGAUUUAUUCUUGCUCAGCCAAGGUAUGUUUCUAACUCCAUACCAUGCCACAUUGAAAAAACUUAUCUAAUGUAUAAACAGGGAACCAUAACCUAAUUAAUUCACUUGUUCUUUCCUAUUGCUCUCUCUGCUAUUACUUUUGCUCUACCUGUAAAUCUCAGUGAAGAUCAUGUACUGGAAAUUAUUGUUUAAGCCAUAUUAUGAAUCUAAGACCACCUCAGUAGCUUAAAUCAAUUAGAACCUGCCAAAAUUCCAUGUGAUAGUAACUUGAGGGGGGAAUAUAUUAUAUAUGCACACCACCAUGUUACCUUUUGAUCUUUACAGCACAAGCAAAGAAUACCUUGUUCUUGCAGCUUCCUGCCACAGCCUUUAAUUGUUCCAAUGGAAUGAAACCAUGAGCCAAAGUAUAUGUUUCAUGUGGUUGCAAGCCAUACCAAGGAGAUUUAUAUGUGAUGAAAAUGACAAUUUGUUACUGAACAAUAAAGCUUCUCUCCUGCCACAUGCAAUUGGAAUUCCUCUUAUGCAGCACUGGACAGUAAAAGACUUGUUCAGCUUUUGUCUGUUCUUUCAGAGGAAAAAGGAAAAAAAAGGAUUCUUCCAAUCAUGUAAACACUACAAGUUACUCUUAAUUUUGAUUAAGAGUUGAGCUUUGCUUGCUUGGCGCUCUUCAUCAGAAUUCGAUCACCGGGUUGCAGCUUAACAAGUUCUUUGUGUCGCACCCCAUUCCACCCGCCGAUCGGCACUUGAGACGUUAAAACACUUGUGUUUUUUAGUUCUUCAACCAGUGUGAGUAGGCAAAGAUAAGUGAAAAGCAUGAACCUUUUAGUAGUCAAUGAAGACUCAUGUGGAACAAGAUCCAAGAGAAAUAUGUGCCUUUUGCUCUGUCAUAUUAGUGGAGAGGGCCAUAUCAAAGGACCAAUGGCUUUAUGU